GCUGAUGGAAAGGAUAAAUCCCCGUGGUGGUGACCUCAGCCCCGACUACGCGAAUGACGAUGCCGAUCGUCGGGAUAAACAUGUCGGUGACGGCAGCCGUCGGCAGGUCAUCCCCAACGUCAAUGACGCCAGCCCAGAAAAACUUGCCUCGGAACGAUCUGAUUGGCUGGGUCAGAGCGUGCACAGGAAAACAAGAGCCGCCGCCCCCCGCGACGGGCACCAGGGUCAAGGUCACAGCGUCCACGCCCUGGCCCGGGUCGUGGUCGAGAGACUCUCAUCUCGAAUCCAAUACUUGAAAAAAUCGCUGGCCGAAUGCUACGUCGCCUACAGCAAAUGGAACAUACGCCAUUCGUAAUCGUUUACUCCUUUAACUUAGACCUACUUAGCUGACAGUUUAAUUG